ACAACAACAGCAGCAACAGAAUCAACAGCAACAUCAGCAAACCCAGCAGCAACAAAUCCAGCAAUUGCAACAGCAGUUCCUCCAGCAGUCCAAUCAGCAAUCUCAAGCUAAUCAGAUUGUUUCGGGUGCAAAUCAGGCUCAACCAGGUCAACUGGUUCAAACAGCUUCGGGAACCCAACCGGGUAACAUUUUGCAGCAGUUCGUCUUUCAGCAGCAGGGUCAACCGAAUCAGUCCGGCAUUUCAAUGAUCAACGUGACUUCCACCGACUCGAUGCUUCAUCAUCAACAACAGCAACAGCAGCAGCAUCAACAACAACACGCACAGGCUGUAGCCCAGAAAGUCGUUUCCAGCAACGGAACGACAAUAUCGCCCAUUCAUCAUCCAGGCCAAACAGCUCAAACUGGUCCCAACGCCUCCAACCAACUUCCAACUGGAGCUCAGCAAGCUUCCCAAAUCCUCGUAUCAACGAUUCCAACAUCCGUACAACAGCACAACGCGCAAAACCCGAUUGUUGCUAUGACGUCCCUCUCAGCCACUCCCCUGGGGAUGAUGGCCAGCUCCGUCUCGGCCACUCCAGUUUCGUCCACUUCGGUGACAACGACUGCAGCCGGAAUCAACCAACCACCGGUGGUUUCCGCCUCUAUAACUACUACAUCGAAGGAUAGUGCCGAGAAGGCGGCCAGUGUUGCCAUGCUUCAGCUGCAAACACUGUCCACCCCGCAAAAGCAGAUCCAAAACCUGCAGAUGCUGGAGAGUAUGAAUGCGGCCAAUGCCGCGGCAGCCGCCGCUGCUGCUGCUGCAGCAUCGGGAGGUUCUAUGACUAUGGCGGGAUCUCCAAGUGCGGUUGCCAGUGCUGGCGCGGGUUCGACAACGUUGACGGUGACUAUGCAGAAAACGUCGAUGACACCGACCCAGUCGACGACCGGUGCAAACUUGUCCAACAUGGGAACGCCGGGUUCAGGGGAGCAGAUGAACAAGUCGCUGGGGCAUCAUACGCCUACGAAGACAACGAAUGCCGUGGGUAGCACUGUCAGUGCGGACACUACUGCAAGGGAUAAGAAUAUGAUGGAUUCCGUGGUGAAAGAUUCGGUUCAAAACACAGCUGCCGCUGCGGAUAGCGCAUCCGAUGCGCAAUUAAACGGCCCGACGCCGAUGGACACCUCGUCGCCUGCACCUUUGACGACGACUACGACGACAACAUCGACAACCGCUGCGGCAUCAGUGGCAACUCCGACACAAGCCGCUACAGCAUCAUCCCCAGCGUCUGUAUCCAUCCCUCCGUCGGCAGGAACAACAGCAUCAGCAGCAUCAACCGGGCAGCAGCAGCCAGCUGUCGCCUCGUCAGACGAGCCGGCAGGUGCAGUUAGUACGACUACAACCGCGCCGCAAACAACGACAACUACCAGCGCUUCUUCGUUCACCACAACGACGACCAGUUCGUUUGGGGCGUCCACUACCACAACCAUUGCGAACACCGCUGCCGCCGCCGCCACAGCAGCAUCGGUAACCAGUGUCGCUCCAGUGACCGCACCGGCUCCAGUCACGGUCAGUGCUAAUGGAUUACUGUCGGCAGCAGCAACGCCCCCGACUAAUACGGCUACGGUGGCCGGCGCAAAUCCGACAUCCCACAACACAACAAACCCACCGCCCCCUACCACCCCUGGGGGUAACACCGGAACCGGUGGUGCUACCGGGCUGCCACCCCAGAGCAAAACGGGAACCACCGACAAGGGUGGCCUGCCGAAGGCGAUGAUCAAACCGAACGUCCUGACGCACGUCAUCGAGGGAUUCGUGAUACUGGAGGCGAACGAACCGUUCCCGAACCACUGGCAGCGCGGACCCGAGUGGGACUCCAGCGACGAACCUCCGAAAAAACGCGCCAUCACCGAUUCCACCUCGCCCAUUUCCCCGAACAACGGGCAACAGGUCCCAUCCUCCCAACCAAACCUCGCCGGUGCCGAAAUGGGCAACUGCGAAAUUUGCGGCAAACCGGAGCACCGCAGCAAGAUGAAGCGCAAGCGGUUCUGCAGCGUCGACUGUGCCCGGGCAGCCAAGCAAAACUCCACGGACCAAGUUACGUCUCCAUCUCACAAUGGUAGUGCACACGAAGCCCAUCCGACCAGCACCGGAAACGGAUUGGACCAUUCCUCGUCCGUUACGACCACCGUCAAUCCGGUGGCACCCUCCAACAUCAAACUGGAGCGAAUGGAUUCGAUGGAUCAGUCCACGUCGCAUCAUCCGGCGCAGUUUGCGGCGGCCACGCCUAUGGAAACGGGAACGGCAACGAUUCCGGUGAUUCCCGCCAUCACACCCGAGGAGAGCCCGGUCAUUGUCAAGUGGUCGGUUCAGGAAGUGUGCGAUUUCAUCAAGAACCUCCCCGGUUGUAGCGACUAUGCGGAAGAUUUCGCCAUCCACGAAAUCGAUGGCCAAGCGCUGCUGCUACUGAAGGAGAACCAUCUGGUCAACACGAUGGGCAUGAAGCUGGGACCGGCACUGAAGAUCGUUGCCAAAAUCCACUCCAUGAUCGCGAGUGUUACUGCCGAAGGACAGCAACAGCAAUCCUAAAGAAGCUGAGUUUUUCUCCAGGAGAAAUGUGAUUUGAAAUCCACCCUCAUCCCCCAGACGCGGUUCGCGGUUCAUUGUUUCACAAGAGACUUCUUUAUUUAGUUUUAUUCAUCCUCAACUGUAUAUGUUAGACUCUGUAAAUAGUUAUUCGUUGUUUACAAUUAAGUAUCUGAUCUAUCCGAUUCACAAUAUGGUAUUACAAUUGACCCCAUUAAUUAGUUUUCUUCGGUGAACUACAAGUUUGUCGUUUACUACAAUAAUUUAUUUUAUAAUAAUUUAGAAAAAUCUCAUUUUAGUGUAUAAACUUAUGUUCGUAUAAUAUAUGAAAAUUCUUAACAAUGUCAUUAAAAAGUGUACAUACAUAGAUUCUUAUACUUUUCCAGAUUAGUUCGUCAAGUAGUAGCUCAGUAGAAGUAAAAAAAGAAUCAAAACACUGUUUCCUUAAACUGAAUCCACAUAAACGGAAAGCUCUUUCAAAAUCAGUAAGAUGACUUCUACGCAAAACUUUUGCCAAAUUUUUGAUAACGAAUGAUGAGAUGAAUAAUGCUUUACCGAAGCAAUCGCAUUGUAACAUAACAAGGAAUUCAAUAAUAGAAUUACGAAUAAUUGAUCCUACUCUAACUAGUAUCACACGUGAAAAUAAAACUUUUAAAUUCA